CUGGAAUCAGGUCCAUAUUUUAGAGAAUUUAUUUACAUUGUUUUUCUGGCUUUCUGCAGAAGUCCCUCCGUCCUGAAUUACUUGUCGCAAAAAUGGAUGUAUCUAGACAUAUUUUUAAUUCUAGAUACAUUCACCUCCCGACAAGUAAUUCAGGAGGGAGGGGGUAUAUCCUGAAUAUCACUCCAGUUCAUCACCCUGCUAAAAACACGCAGUAGCAUGUAAUGUAUCUGGACGCACCAAUGACCUCAAGCUACUCCAGUCCACCACUAGCAUUCCUUUUCACUGAAGCUUCCAUAAGUGGUAAGCAAACCCGAUGCGGCGACCCAGAGAAUGCCCAACGCAAGCACGGCUACCAUGCGCGCCAGAUUCAUUGAACCUGGACGUGCAAACCGCGCACAACGAAUUUAGACGCACCUACCCGAAACAUAUAUAGAAACGGCCCGCCCCCGUGCCAGAUACACGCUACUCCAAAAACCUGCAACUGAUUUGGAAAACUGGUGGCCAACGCACGAGCGGCGGCGAGCCCAAUCUCCAUGCUUAUUCCGACGUCACAGCAACCGCCGGAGCCGCCGAUCAUGGGGUCCUCGCCGACGUCGUACAAGAAGGCCACGGCGGCGCUGGACGAGGCGGCGAGGGCGCGGCUGCGCGGCCCGUUCUUCUGCGGCACCACGCCGUCCGCCUCCGGGCAGGAGGACGUCGACGACGACGACGGCCUGGUGGAGCUGGUGCACGAGUUCUACAACGGGUACGGCGAGGACGCCGUCGCCAAGGAAGCCGUGCCGCCGCGGCCCGCUAGUACCACGUGGGCCGACGCGCUGCGGACGGCGCUGGCAGAUGCGACGGCCGACGCGGCAGCGGCGCGGAUCCGCGCCGAGGCGGAGCGCGCCGUCGUCGGUGCGGGGCCGAACGUCGCUGGCGGUGAAGGGGUCAGGAAGCACGUCGCCGAGCGGCUCCGUGCCAGAGGGUUCGAUGCCGGUGUCUGCAGAUCGUCGUGGGAAAGAAGCAGCAGCGUGCCGGCGGGCAGCUACGAGUACGUGGACGUGGUGAUCACAGCGGGCGCGUCGGCGUCUCGGUACAUCGUCGAGGUCAACAUCGCCGCCGAGUUCGAGACGGCGAGGCCCAGCGCCGAGUACCAGGAGCUCCUCCUCGCCCUGCCCACGGUGCUCGUGGCGAGGCCGGAGACGUUCAAGGAGGUGGCCGCGGCAAUGUGCGCGGCGGCGGCCGAGUCCAUCCGGGGCGCGGGCAUGCACGUGCCGCCGUGGAGGCGCGCGCGGUACGUGCAGGCCAAGUGGUCCGGCAAGUACAAGCGAGCGGCGGCCGUGGCCGCGCCGUCGGGGUCGCCAUGGGAAGCAGGGGCGAGCAGCACUGCAGCGGCCGAAGCUCGCCCGCGCCGCGGCGUGCCGGCGUCCGGCGGCCCGAAGCAUUGCGGGAUGGAGAUGGGCCGCAGGGAGAUGGCGUUCGGGAGCACGGGGCGGCUGAUGUUCAGAGGGUUGUGACACGCUGCUGCUGCAUGCGUUGAUGACGUGUCCGAUGCUAUACGAUCGGAUGAGACGACUGUCUGUUUUUUUUGGCCUCUUUGGCUUGCCGGCUGUGGGAAUUUAUUUGUUUUUGUACGUAUCUUAUUAUUUUCUUGUGGAUGGCUUGUAGGCUGUAGGGUUCUUGCUGGUCAGGGGUUGCGUGGAAGUGUAUGUUUUGGGAGGUUUAUCUGACCAAUGAAAAAUAAUUAAUUGUAAGGCACAUGUUCCAUCGAAA